AUGUCUUCGUCCGCUGCCGACUCUUCAGUGCCUUUCUCGACUCUUCCUCCUGGUUCUACGGCUGCCCCUCCCUCAAUCUACAGGCCUCUGGAUAAAGCUCGCCGCGAGAUACGCAUCCUCAAAAUCGCGCCGACAAACUUGGACAACUUCAUCCUUCACUGCUCCUUCAUCUACGCCUCUCUUGACUCGGACCUUCCGCGCUAUGAAGCCCUCUCCUACACGUGGGGCGAGCCGAUAUACACAGAAGGCCAAGUCCUCAUUGUCAACGGGGAACCUUUCCCAGUCCGUGAGAACCUCCUCGACGCCCUCCAGACGCUUUGCCAUACCGACGCCGAGACGGUGAUCUGGGUCGACGCCGUGUGCAUCAACCAGAGCGACAUCGGUGAACGCAACAGCCAGGUCACCUUCAUGCGCGACGUCUAUCGCGGCGCCGAGUGCGUGCUGGCCUGGCUGGGCGCCGCAGCCCCGCCCGAGGAGGAACAGGACGAGGAGCUGGCCUUCGCUCACAUGCGCAUUCUCGCGAGAGCAGAAGAGGCUAGUGACGCUCCUCGGCCCCGCCAUAUCUCCGACAUGUUUGAGCUCGGGGGCCCCCCAUCGCCGUCGGCACCGCCCCUGGUUAGAUUCCUGAAUAGGGCCUAUUGGUCUCGGACCUGGAUCAUCCAGGAGCUAGCGGUCGCAAGGGAGUGCUUGGUCGCCUCUCGCGCAUCCGGCCGGAGGGGUGCUUCGGACCUCGACUUUUAUUUCCGCCUCUUCUUGAAGAUGCCCCCAGACAUGAUGAUGGAUUAUUCCCGGGGCGGAAAGCCCCCGGAUUCUGGAUUUCUUGAGACAAUCGACGCCGUAUGGACGUCCAAGCAACCAGAGAGCUAUAAGCACCAAGAAAUUUGCAGGCUACGAUCGCUCCUCCACUCUACGCACGGGAGAAUGACCACAGACCCGCGGGAUCGCAUAUACGCUCUCUUGGGGUUGUGCGAUGCUUGUACUCGCGCCGACAUCGAGCCAGACUACGGGGGAUCGAUGACAAUGACCAAGCUGUACCGGGAUCUCGUGGCGCACUGCGUCCGGGCCGAGGGGUCGUUGGCAAUUCUGCUGGGGAACCGCCGGGCUCGGCCGUCAACGGCAGGGCUGCCCUCAUGGUGCCCGGACCUUGACGAUGACUUGCAUUGGCCGUCGAAGGCACUCGAUAAAGAUUACAAAGGAUUUGAUUACCGAUUCUCGCCCCAGAUACAAUUUGUCGAUGGAAAUGACGGAAUAUGCUUGGUGGCAAGGGGCUACCUGGUGGAUAUCAUCAGCGGCAGCGGACAACAACUCCCCCAAUUGCUAGGCCCGCCGUCAAGCUUCAAUCUCCCCCAGAUCAAACUCAAGGUUGCCGGUAUAGCAAUUGGGCUCCGCCGCUUCGUUCGCAAGGUCAAGUGCCAGUACAUAAGGCGUAAUCGCGGCCAACGGGCCGGUUUUGUCGGCACCCAAGCGUACAUGAAGGACGCCACCUGGCGGGCCAUGAUACGGGACUACGACGAUACGGGCCCGCAGAUGCCCGCACCGGCCGAGUAUGGAGAUAUAUUCUACGGGCUGGUCCCUCUGCCGGACCACCCGUCACCAUCACGCCUUCCGCAGCUGGAGGAACUGUUGAUUAAUGAGCUUUUGAGGGAGGAAAGAAAAUACUCUGGCCCGGACGUCGAGGGCGAUGCGUCUCUCCACGUCCCCGAGGACACCAGGAGGUUUCUUUCGCAGAUGGAACUUAGGUUCAUCCAUCGGCGCAUGUUCGUUACACUGCGAGGGUAUGUCGGCCUGGGCCCCCUACAUGUCCAACCCGAGGAUCACGUGUGCGUGCUGUACGGCAGCGAUGUACCGGUCGUCUUGCGGCCCGUCAAGGAACGUCCCGGGGAGUACCUCCUGGUCGGGGAAGCAUAUGUCCACGGGCUUGCCCGAUGCCACGGCAUGGACAACAUCGGCCCGGGGGUUGGAGGCAACUCGCCCGAGCGCGACUUCGUGUUGGUCUAG